UAAAGCCAUUUCCUCUAUGUGUGUGUGUGUGUGUGUGUGUGUGCUCCUGGGGUCACAACAAGGGGUCAACAGACAGAGAUGGGUGGUUUUUAAGCCACAACACAGGAUGGGCCCACCAUUACCUGUGGAUAAAUUUAGCCAGGAAAUGAGAAGAUUUCAGCUUUCAGUGGAGUGAAAACAAGGACAGCUUCCCAAUGGGAUCUGCUGAGAUGAAGGGAGGAAAAUGGCAGGUGGAAAUCUAAGUAGUUUGAAAACUAAGGUCAAAAAGUUUAUAAAUGGGAUUUUAUAGCCUGUUUGUGAUAGCAAAAGCUGGACAGUUUCUCCUUUUGUGCUGGUUGCAAGCAACCAACUGAGCUGUUGGACUUGGGCACACUACUGACUGUUUACUAACAUGUAAGCUAGUGAUAUUUUUGUCCUGUAAUUCCCUCUUUAGAAGGGUGACCUGAGUGAUGUCCAUGUCAAGUACUACACAUUAAGUGUUUUGAGCCACUGACCACUGCUAGCCCAGAUGUGAUGGCUUCAGCUAUAUUUAGGUACAUCCAUGUAUUUCAGCUCAGUGAAUAGCUAUUUCAAAGCUGAGAAACCAUUUCAAUAAUGAAAAAGCAGUCAAUUACAUUGUCAUCUUUAGUCAAUGAAUUAAAAACAGGGAUUAGAUGUAAAAAUGGUUGUAUUUAUGGAGUGCACUGUGAGGAAAAACAGUCGCUGACUAAAAAAUAAGCAAUGCUUUAGUUUAGGUGGAAAAAUACACAUGGCAACUGCUUUACACUUAUGAUUAUAACAUAGUUAAGGUAUUUUUUAUUUUACUGAUGCAGUUUCUCAUUUUUCACAUCAUUGCCAAAUUUCUUCCACAGAACACCUGAAAGUUAUAAAGCUAUUUAGAAAAGUAAAGGUCAAAGUUGUAUAAGGUGGGGUUAUAAGUAAUUAUCAUGCUUUCCUGCCAAACUAAACAGUUUUAAAUUAACUAAACACAAUGUGGAUUUCUUCCCCACAGCCCAGUGGGGCUCUUAUGCCUUGGGUAGGAGCUUCACUCUGACUCCUCUCUCAGCUCCCUGUUUCCAGUACCUCUGUGCCUUCCUCCACACGGUUUUGGGUUCUGAGCUCCUGGGGUGGCCGGCUGCUGGGCAGGGAAUGGCUGGCAGACUGGGAAGGGGAGCUAGUAGUUACAACGUGUUAUGGCUCUGGGCUCGUCACUGAGGUAGUUGUUUGGUCAGUUAAUUCUGUGUCAUUUGCUGAUCGCAACCAGCAAAGGGAGCAGGGUCACCCACAUGUGGAUAGAAGAACCAGCCACAGCUUUUAUCCAGGUAGCACCAAUAAUUGUAGUGAUGUGGCAGGAGAAGCUCCAGUGCAAGCAUGCCAGCAGUGACUGAAGAUGUUUGGCUUGAUGAAUGAGUGGUCACUGUGUAUGUCCUUCUGUGUCACACUUGCUGGGCUAAAGCAGUUCAGGGUAUUCCUGCAUAUGCUGCCCAUCACCUUCUGUCACUGGGUAGUGAAACUUACAUAGAUAGUGCCAUUCUGGAGAAGUGUGAAGUAACUUUUUUGCUACUUUUGCACACUCAUUUCUGAAUUACCAGUUUAUCUUGACAAUAGAUAUAAGUGAAAUUGAAACUGCUUUCCAGAUUGCCUAUUGCCUGCUUCCAAGCACUGCCCUGAGAGCUUUCAAAAAACAAGCUGCUUCUCUGAAUAUAAAAGCCCUCACUGAAAUAGCAAGUAACAGGAAAAGAGUAAGUCAGUCAUUAUCAGAAUAGAUGAGUGACAGAAUUUCAUAACAUAUGCUUGUGUGCAUAGAGGCAGACACGUGCCAGGAAAGACAAAACUAUAAAAAAUGUUCAGAGUUCCCAGAUACCUUGCACACAGCAAGUUUCCUUAAAUCACUGGAUAAAACUUGCUAUACUUCUUAAGUUGCUAUGGCAUCUGAGCGCAUCCAAUAACAUCUGACAGAUAUUUAUCUCUGGCUGACAAACCACACUGAGCAAGUUGAAAAUCCCCCGGUUACACCGUCCUUGAUAUCACUUCCUGUGAGGUAAGUCUGAAGAACCAAUUCACGCAUACAGGCUGUCUGUGUAGAGACAGGCUGGCGUAGCUCAUGAAUUAAGUUGACACCUGUCUGACAUAAUGUUUGGAGAGUGACAAACAUCGUAUGGAACACUCCGGUGCUUUUAUAAAUGAGAGUGGACCAGAAAAAUGCUGUAAGUCUGAGAGAAGGCUGGAUGGUCUCCUCAGAGAGAAGACAGCUGAUCUGAUGGUCUCUUUGCUGUUGUGCACUAGGCAAAUAACUGAGAUUACUGCCCAUUCUUCCUUAACACUUGUAUUUUGUUGUUUCUAAUCUUUUCCUCCCUAAAGCUGAUGCCUGUUGGACAACUCUAGGGAGACAGGAGCACUGGGUUUAAAGGGAUGCAAACACCUGCUAAGAUGGCAGUGGCCAGUUCAAUUUCUAGCAAACCGGUACCACCACGCUCCAAAAAAGUGUCUGCAGCAGGGGUGGAAGUGAACCAGAGCAAGCUGGAUCUUUUCUGCAAGCUGGGCUAUGGUAAGCAGGACAUCUGCAAAGUGCUGGAGAACCUGGGCCCAGAGGCCCUUGAGGAUGAUGUGUUGAAAGAACUGAUUCGCAUGGGGAGUAAACCUCAAGCUCUGGAGAACCAGGCUCAGCCUUCCCCGCUAAGACUUGUUGCCCGUGGAUCAUGUAGCACUACACCAGGGUUGAAGCAACUUGGAGAAGACGAAAGUGAUUCUUCCGAUUCCCUGAGACCCAUUGUGAUUGAUGGCAGCAAUGUUGCAAUGAGCCAUGGAAACAAAUUGGUAUUCUCCUGCUGGGGGAUUCAGCUGGCGGUGGAUUGGUUUCGACAGAGGGGGCACACAUACAUCAAGGUUUUUGUGCCACUCUGGAGAAAGGAGCCCCCUCGACAAGACAGUCCCAUUGCAGAUCAGCACAUUCUUGAAGAGCUUGAAAAGCAAUCGAUCCUUGUCUACACACCCUCUCGGAAGGUGAAAGGCAAGAGGGUAGUUUGCUACGAUGAUCGAUACAUAGUGAAAGUUGCUUAUGAGAAAGAUGGAGUCAUUGUUUCCAAUGACCACUACCGUGAUCUCCAAAACGAAAACCCUGAAUGGAAAUGGUUUAUUGAGCAGCGACUACUCAUGUACUCUUUUGUCUGUAACAGGUUUAUGCCUCCUGAUGAUCCGUUAGGCCGGCAUGGACCUACUCUUGAUAACUUCCUCAGCAAAAAGCCAGUGCUUCCUGAAAAAAAAUUGCAGCCUUGCCCCUAUGGUAAAAAAUGCACCUAUGGCAAUAAAUGCAAAUUUUACCAUCCAGAGAGACUACGUCAAGCUCAGCUUUCAGUUGCUGAUGAGCUCAGGGCCAAAACAAAGGUCCUGUUAACUCUGGGGAAAGAGGAGGAUAGAUGGAACUGCUCACCGUACAAGAGCAGAGGAGAGCCUGCACCCUGUGAAGCCUGCACAGAAACUCUUCAAGAAGCCAGAGGUUGUGCAGGGCCUUCCUCCUGCUCAGGGAGGUCCCAGAGGAGCUAUCCUGAGCAGAGAGCCAGCGCCUGGGCUGGUGGUCCUGCCUCUGACCUGGGGCUGGACCAGUGCUUGCCACAGCCAGAGCCACUGCGAGACCAGCCGCUCCUGGAGCAGAUGUCAGCCAUGGCCAUUGGCAAAUGCACCUACAGCUAUGACUGGUCCGUACAAACCUCUCGGGACAGGGAGGUGAUGGACAACCCUCAUCACCGCGGUGACCUCAGGCACAAGCUGUUCUCACUUCACCACCCUCAUAGCUUGGACCACACCUGCUCACCGGGGCACCCUUUCCAGCAAACAGCUCUCCCCUCUGCGCCAGGCGGGAUGUGCCCAGAGCACAGCUGGCCUCGGGAGAGCUGCGGCACGCACGGAACGGGGCAGAGGAGCUGCUACCUCCCUGAUGGUGCUCGGCACAAACAGGCCCUGGGGACUCAGCAGUGUGUUUUGCUGCAGUCCACAGUUCUUCCCCCCGACAUGCUUCACUUGUACAGCGAGCACCAGCAGCAGCAGCAGCAGCAGCAGCAGCAGCAGCAGCAGCAGCAGCAGCAGCAGCAGUGUUCCCCCAGCCAGCCCCCAGGGCAGCCCUUUCUGUUAGACUCCAGCAACAGACCGGGCUUCUUCCAGGAAGCCCAUGCGUACCCCAGUGCCUCUUACAGUGACUACUGGCCCACCCCAGCUGAAAGGCCAUCCUCUGCCCAGCAAGUAAACAUACACAGCUCCCUUUUUCCUUACAGCGAGAUGAACCAGGUCAUGACUUUGUACCCUGACAUCAAGGAUAAGGGGACUGGCACUCCUCCCCUAUGAAGACAGGCUGAGAAAGUUGGGGCUGUUCUGCCUGGAGAAGAGAAGGCUGGUUGGAGACUUCAUAGCACCUUCCAGUAUCUGAACGGGAUCUAGAAGGAAGUCAGAGAGGAACUGUAGUGAUAGGACAAGGGGGAAUGGCUUCAAACUGAAAGAGGGUAUGUUUAGAUUAGAUGUUUGUUAGGAAGAAAUUCUUUUCUGUGAGGGUGGUGAGGCAUUGGAACAGGUUGCCCAGAGAAGUGGUGGAUUCCCCAAACCUGGCAGCGCUCAAGGCCCAUGUUGGAUGGGGUUCUGAGCACCUUGCUCUAGUGGAAGGUGCUCCUGUCCAUGGCAAGGGGUUUGGAACUAAAUGAUCUUUAAGGUCACUUCCAACCCAAACCAUCCUACGAUUCUAUCACAUUGCUUGUUUGGCUUUACUGAUUCAAAGACACAGAAAUUUGUGAAAUCUCCAGAGCAAACCUUUCUCAAUAAGCACAAGUCCUAGGGCAAAAAGAUGCUACUCUGAGGCUUGUUAUUAAAGCGCAUUAUGGCAAGGGUUACAGCUGUUCCAGGAAUACAAGCAUCAACCAGCUAUGUUGCACUAGACAUCGAGUCAAGGCAAAGGCUGUCGUCCACUGCAGUGGGAUCACAUUCCACCUUCCAGGAAAGGGAACAGCAGGCUGCCAGCAUUUGAACCUCACUGGUGACUGGAUUCAGGAUGGUAUAGAUUUUCAUUAAUGCCCUGAAGACAUAAGGCAUGUUUUUCAAGUCCUAACCUAUUGCUCAACUUCCACCCUUCCCAGUAAUGGGCUCCCCCAUGACCUGCCCGUGACUGCUUGCUCAGCUAGCACAGAAAACUAUUUGGCCUAUUUCCCCUAACAGAGGGCUGUGCUCUCUGCUAGAAGGCAUCUUUAGGUCUGUGUUAUUACCUAAUUCAAGCCCAGCCCGAUAUAAGUGAGCUUUCAAAGACACAUUUCGUGUUUGUUAAGCAAUGCUGAGAACACACAGAAUCACUAGCAGAGGUGGUGGAGCUACACCAGAGCCCUUGAAGAGAGCUGCAGGUCCAUUUCUCAGGUAUCACACACAACAUAAGCCAAAUCAGGGAAGUCACCUUCAGUGUAACUCCUGAUGUGGACUGAGGGCUCAGGGUAAUUAAAAAAAUUCAGAAAUCCCAAAGAUGCCAAGAGGAGAAAAAGAAGGAAAAAAGCUUUAAAGUAUCUCUUUUAUUGAAUAAGAAAACUUGUUGGCUUAACCCUUUAUUACCAAAUGUGGCCCUAUAAUGCAAUCAAUUAUAUGGAUAAUUUAUGAUUACAAAUAUUUAAAAUAUGUUCUGUUGGGACAUGUUUGAUUUUCAGUAAUCUGUAAAGCUGCUAAUUUCUGCAUUAUUCCACUGAAUUCUUCAGGUUAUAAUUCAAAUACUAAGGUUGACCCUGAGGGUUUUUGGCAUUAUACCAAAGUUUAAGUAUGUCAGUAUGACGUGUUGUUUUAAAAAUGCUUUAACACAUUAUAAAAUAUUCAUCUGUAGCACUUUGUUCUGGAUAAUGUCUUCUUUAUUUUCUGGGGCUUGUUUGAUUUUUUUUUUGCUUUUGUUUAGUGUUUAGUUUUGUUUGUUUUCCAAUCCUCUUAGCACCAAAAUGUUUCAUCAUUCAGGUGGGAUUUUCAAACUCUCUGACCCUGAAGUAUUUAAUUUCUUUGAAGUGAAAUCAGUAUUGUUGGUUCCAGGCAGGAAUGAAACAUGGUCCUCCCUGAGAAGCUGGAAUUCUCUUGCUUUUGAAAAGGGAGUAGUAAUUUACAUUUAGUGACACUAUCACACGAUGCAUUUUUUGAAAGCAGUGAUAGUUUGACCUGUUUCCCUCUAGAAACCACCACCAGCUCUUGUUUUUGGUGGAGGUGUUUAAAGACUCUUCAGGAAAUAAGUAUACUGUAUCUGUUUAAUUUCUUUUGACAAUGUGGUUGGCUCCAGAAAAUUAUAAUUUGGAGUUUG